CAGUUCUUAUUAAGAUACCUACAGAAUUGGUUUAAGAAUGUAAAUGACAAUGUGGGAAAUUUUCAUCAUUUAAGAGACAUUUUUCUGCUUUCUUAUGCAGGAAACUGAAAAUUUCAGCUUUUGAUAAUGGAAUAUGAAAUAGACCCGACAUUCUUUCUGAAAUCAGAGGCCAGCUCCUCCGGUAGCGAUCCACCACGUUCCGGCCCUUUAACACAGGAAGACUUCCAGAUACUGAUCGAGGUGGAAAGAUUCCGGUGCCCGGAGAUUCUUUUCCACCCAAACCUAAUUGGAAUUGAACAAGUAGGAUUAGACGAAAUGGCUGGGAUAUCAAUACAAAGGCUCAAAUCAAGAGCUCAAAGAUUGGAUUUGGAAGAAGAGGUGAUGGGAAUCACCAAUUCCGUCCUCAUAACCGGUGGGAGUUGUCUUUACCCUGAAAUGAGUGAACGUUUAGAAGCCGGAAUCAAAAUGAUGAGGACAUGUGGGACCCCCAUAAGGAUUCUUAAAGCAACAGACGUUGUUCUUGACACGUGGCGUGGUGCUGCUUCCUUUGCAUCCACCAUGCAUUUCUCAAGAUUAGUUCUUAAUAAAAUGGAUUACUAUGAGAAAGGUGAAGAUUGGCUUCCUCAGGUUUGUAGAUUAAGUCGUGUAAUUAUCGAACUUUUAUUUAACAAUUUCUCCAAUUUGCUGUUGUAACUAUUUCUUAUUUCUAUUUAGUCAUGUGUGGGUAAAAUGGAUAAAUCGGCAAUGAUGUCUGUUUGGAUCUUGAAUUUUAGCUCACGGUUCAAAAGGUUAAAUCAAGAUCAAAUUAAAACUUUGGAUGAUCGAUUUGGGGAGGAGAUUAGACAGGAUAUGUGGGCGUGUGAUAGUGACAAAGUGUCGGGUCUUGAUGACUUACUUUUUCAUUUCUUAAAAAAUUAUUGGGAUUUGAUGAAGACUGAUGUUAUAGCUUGUGUUAAACAAUUUUUGAUCAACCACAGAUUUCGAGUGGACGUAACUCAUAUUUUAAUCA